AUGGCCACGGUGGCCACGAAGCAGUCCAAAAGGCCCACAAAUCCCACAACGCUUGCCACCGCAUCGAUGGUAGUAUUGCAAUCAACCAAACCCACUCCAACCGUUGCUGCAGUGAAGACAGAUGCCUCAGCGUCCAAACCAAAGAGGCGUAAGAAGCCUCGAGCAGAAAGGAUACAGAAGCAGAACGCCCAUUUUGAAGUAGUCUUAGAGGCCGCGCGGGCGGCGACUCAAAUCCUUCGUGCUCGCGGUUUGUCAUGCGCAAUCUUUGGAAGUCUCGCAUCGAAACUUUACGGGUGUUCACGAGUCCCCAAAGAUGUCGAUUUGCUUGUCAGCCAAAAUGUCGACGAAGAACCUCCAGCACAUAGGGAUGAUAUUUUUGUCCCCCAGCCGCAACUUACUGCUGAAGAGUUGAAAGAUCUCAUCCUGCGUGCAAAUUCCCAGCACUUCUACCUUAAAAUGCCACGCGAUCCUGCUGCCGAAUAUCGUAUUUUGUGGUAUCGUCAGAAAUACCAAGGGCCAGAAUGCAAAGUCGAUAUCCUCGUACCUGGUACUAUGCACCUGCCCUUCCUCAACCCACAACGGAUUAACUGGGUACAGGAGCUGCCUCUUGUUCCUUUCUCGCUGCUUCUAUUUCACAAAUUAAAAGGGUGGGAUGACCAUUGUAAAGCAGAAGAAGCGCAUUAUAGACGGAGGCAACAACAAGACGCAGCAGAUGUAGCGAAGUUGCUAGCUCUCAGACAUUGGAUGAAAUCCCUCAAAGGGUCAAAGUUGUUAGACGACGAGGAACUAUUUGACGAGGAAUUUAAGGUUUUGACGAAAGAAAGGGUGAAGCUUUACUGUGAAGCCUUUAACGACCGCGCUAAGGAAUGGAAAGAAUUGGGAUUCGAGACGGGUUGUAUCUAA